CCCAACAGGACUUGUGUCUGUGUCUGUUUAGGUUUUUAGAUAGAGGAUCGAUGUGGUGGGGGGAGGAAGCGGCGAAGGGUGCUAAAAUAGCAGUGUGGUGGGAUAUGAAGGAGUGUCCGAUUCCGGAGGGUUACGAUGCUGGUCGGAUCCGACCGAGUUUAGAAGCGGCGUUCAAGGAACGAGGCUACUCUGGUCCAGUGUCAUCCAUCACUGCAUACGGGGACCAAACACAAACCCCUGUUCACAUCCUGCAAGGGCUCUUAUCCACUGGAGUGUCUGUAGCACACACCAGAUCCGAAAGCACGAACUACAUCUUGUAUCGGGAUAUAGUGGAAUGGCGAGGUCAGAAUCCUCCCCCUGCUACAAUGAUGAUCAUAUCCAAUCAGGUGGGAGGUGACUUGUCUUGGGAUCUGGCCCGGCUACAACAACGGUCGCAAUACAACCUGUUUCUAGCUUAUUCGAAGGCGCCUUGCGUACUCUCAGUCCUGUCAACUUCUUCAAGGUGGUUAUGGGAAAAAUUACUAGGGGAUAAUAAUAAUAAUAGAAUUGAGACCAGAAGCGUUCAGUAUAAAUUAUCUGCCAUGAUACUUUGUUGUUGCAAAUCGUGCAAUUUCGAUUGCCAAAGCCCUGAGAAAUUCAGGAAGCAUCUCUCGAGUUAUAAGCAUGCACGGCAAGAGUCUGUCUACCCCACGUACAAAGAAGUUAACCGUGUUACGGAGACGUGGGGAAGGAACUACGCUGCAGCGCCUGAAUAUGCGACAGCUAAAAUACUGGUGUGGUGGAACAUGUUUGACUGUCCUAUCCCUGAGGGAUAUGAUGCUCGUCGGGUCCGUCCGAGUUUAGAAGAGGCAUUUAAGAAACUAGGCUACUCUGGUCCCGUCUCCAUCACUGCCUAUGGCGACUUAAACCACACCCCUGAGCACCUCCUCCGAGGGCUCUCUUCCACUGGAGUCAGUCUUGCACAUACCAUUCUCGAUGUCACGUACAAGCGCAUGUAUUCAGAUUUGCUGGAUGGGCAAAAGUCUAAUCCUACUCCGACUAAUAUUAUGGUCAUAUCUGAUACAGAUACACAUCAGGCCUUCUCAACUCCCCUUGUCCGCCUAGUACAAAAGCAGAAACACAACCUUUUUCUGGCUUAUUCAUCUAGGCCUUGCAAAAUGUUUGUCCUGCUCCCUUCUGCCGAGUGGCUCUGGCAUAGCUUACUUGAAGUUUCAGAGAAAAGAAAACACGUUCUUCAGAAAUGCACUAGUGAAAGUGAAAGUGAUAGGGGUGGUGAAUCAAGCGCAAUGUUGUAUUGCAAAGUGUGCUGUGGUGGCCAAGGUCCUGAUUACAAAAGCCUUGACUAUUUAAGGACGCAUCUCUCUAGUGAAGAACAUGCACAAGAAGAGUAUAGUAUUACUGCGUUUGUUCAGUUAAAAACGAAGAAUAGGAAUCUAUCUCUCUUAGCCCAGUACGAUCGAGAGCAUCGACAGCAAUGGCGACAGGUAAAAAAAUCUAAAAACAUCAAACGUAUCAGGAAAGCAUUCCGGACGGGUUUUCUUCUUCUUGAUAAUCAUUUACGUCGACUUAGAGCUCGAAAAUCUCAAUCCUGCAGACGUCGUGGCUCUCGACGUAGAGCUCAAAAAUCUCCAACCGUCUGGUGAAAUCGUUACCAGGUAGAAGCUCUUAUUCUUCGUUUCUAGUGUAUGUUUCAAUUUCAAGCAGUAUUUAUUUUUCAUUUCGUUUUGCUUUGUUUAAAACUGUCUUAUUAUUCACUCAUGUAAUGUUAUUAGUAAUUUUAAUUCAAACACUGUUUUUCAAA